GCUUUUACUUUUGUUCUGCUACUACACUAUUAACUAAUAUUCAAAAUAAAUUUCUUGCAUGACAAGAUAUGAUAUUCACCAUCAAUUUCCACAGUUAUAUACAAAUAUACAAUAGAGCUUGAAGCCACUAUCAGUUGCCAACGGAAAAUUAGAAGCUGAAUACUACAAUUCAAGGAAUCUCGCAACUCGCAACUUAAUCGAUCGAUAGUUGGUUUUUCUGCUAUAGUCAAGGAUGUUUCUUACCAGGACUGAGUAUGACAGAGGAGUCAACACUUUCUCUCCCGAAGGCCGGCUGUUUCAGGUUGAGUAUGCUAUUGAGGCUAUCAAGCUGGGUUCAACUGCUAUUGGAAUAAAGACCAAUGAGGGUGUUGUGCUUGCUGUGGAAAAGCGUAUUACCUCUCCAUUGCUGGAGCCUAGUAGUGUUGAAAAAAUCAUGGAAAUUGAUGAGCAUAUAGGAUGUGCUAUGAGUGGAUUGAUUGCUGAUGCUCGUACACUUGUUGAGCAUGCAAGAGUAGAGACCCAGAACCAUAGAUUCUCAUAUGGUGAGCCAAUGAAUGUCGAGUCCACUACACAAGCUCUGUGUGAUCUGGCACUGCGUUUUGGAGAAGGAGAUGAAGAGUCAAUGUCCCGCCCUUUUGGUGUAUCUCUUCUCAUUGCAGGUCAUGAUGAAAAUGGACCCAACUUAUAUUAUACAGAUCCAUCUGGUACAUUUUGGCAGUGCAGUGCUAAGGCUAUUGGUUCUGGUUCUGAAGGUGCAGACAGCUCCUUGCAGGAGCAAUUUAGAAAGGAUUUAACUCUUCAUGAAGCUGAGACCAUAGCUCUUUCCAUCUUGAAGCAGGUUAUGGAAGAAAAGGUGACACCAAACAAUGUCGACAUUGCUAAGGUUUCCCCAACCUACCACUUGUAUUCUCCCUCUGAAGUGGAGACUGUCAUUGGUCGCCUAUGAGUACUGUACUUUCAAUCUCUAGUGCUCCAAUGUAGCCUACAUUGAUAUGUCUUCCGGUGCUUAGCUUUGGGGAAUUGGAUGUUUUCUUUUUCAUGGUUACGUUAGCUUCCAGGAAUCGCUUUAGGUCGUGUUAUUUGAUGUAUUCCAAGCUGUUACAAAAAUCUGAGACAUGAACUUAUUGCUAAAAAUUCUUUGCUUUAUGGGAUCUGCUUGCGAUCUCUUAUUGUUA